AUGCGUGGCAUUCUCACCUUGACAUGUGCUGUCUAUCUCAGCAUUGGAAAGCUAUUGGGUCAGGUGAUCGGCCUCAAAGAGCUGAUGGGCACAGGGGACAUGUGGCCGUAUCUGCUGGCUGUGAGCGGCCUUCCUGCCAUCCUGCAGUUUGUGUCCAUGCUGUUUUUCCCAGAGGCUCCGCGCUACCUCUACAUCGACAAGGGAGAUGAGGAUGGCUGCAAGAAAGCGCUUCAGUGGCUGUGUCGGGAAGACGAUGUGAAUCUAAAGAUUGAGCUGGAGGACAUGAGGAAGGAGAGGGAGAGUGCCCAGGUGACACAGACCAAGACGAUGCUGGAUGGCCUGCGUGAUCGCAGUGUCCGCUGGCAGCUGAUGGCAAUGCUGAUUCCCAGUUCUGGUCCUAAUUUCUGCGGCAUCAACGCAAUUUAUUUUUACGCGUUCGACAUUUUCCGUGAAUCUGGUGUCCCUGAAGAAAAGAUGCAUUAUCUCGCUCUUGGCAUUGGAGCCGGUGAAGUGAUCACUGUAUCAGCAUGUUUGUUUAUGAUUGAGCGUGCUGGCAGGAAAAAGCUGUUGGGCUACGGUUACCUCCUGAUGGGAGUGAUGAUGUCUGUGCUGACUGUCCUGCUGACCAUCAAGGAUUGGUACCCCUGGUUGCCUUAUUUCAACAUUGCCCUACUGUUCUUUGUCAUCUGUAUUUAUGGAUUAGGACCAAAUGGAGCAUCCAUGUGCCUUCCAGCUGACCUCUUCCUGCAAAUGUGGCGUCCCUCUGCAUUUGCAGUUGGAGGCAUUGUCAACUGGGGUGGCCUCUUCCUCAUUGGGAUGCUUUUCCCCUAUGUUGUGUGGAAUGGGACCAUUCUGUUUCCUGGUAUUUGUUGCCUACUGUAUCUUCACUGCAGCAUUUAUGCUGUAUUUCAUCCCAGAAACGAAAGGGAAAUCCUCAAUGGACAUCACUGAGGAAUUUAAUAAACUGAACUUUAAGAAACUGGAAAAGGGAACUGAUCUGUUUGCAACUAAGUUCUAACGAUUUACAUGACAACACUUGCAGAGGUUUAUGUAUCUAUUCUGCACAUAUAUUUGAAAUGUUUGUAAGAUUAGUAAACAUAAUCUGCCUUUGGAACAUUGGAUGAAUGGUUGCUGAUAAUGGGCAAUGUAGAUAUUGCAUUAAAGA